UUUGAGACAUACGGGAUUGUCGUACUCUAGUCAAAGAUUAGUUGAAUUAGUGACGUUUACGGUGUAGGAAGUUCUAUUGCGAAAGUAUAAGACUAAGAUUAAUCUUAAAGGUAAUAAUUUAUAUGUAUUAAAACGUUUGUUGAGUACUUACAUUUAGGAUGGGUUCGUUGUUUCGGUGUGAAGAGAUGACAUUAUGUCAGCUUUUUCUUCAAUCUGAAGCAGCUUACGCUUGUGUAUCUGAGCUAGGAGAACUUGGGCUUGUGCAGUUCAGAGACCUUAAUCCUGAUGUUAACUCUUUCCAAAGGAAAUUUGUUAAUGAAGUCCGCCGCUGUGAUGAAAUGGAGAGAAAGUUGCGUUUCUUGGAAAAAGAAAUAAAAAAAGAUGGCAUUCCAAUGUUAGAUAUUGGAGACAACCCUGAAGCUCCACAGCCUAGAGAGAUGAUUGAUCUGGAGGCAACAUUUGAAAAACUGGAAAAUGAACUGAAAGAAGUAAAUACCAAUGCAGAAGCCUUGAAGAAAACAUACUUGGAAUUAACAGAACUGAAGCAUAUAUUGCGUAAAACCCAGGCUUUUUUUGAUGAGGCAGAAUUUCAUCAUGCACAGAUGCAUGACCCCAGUAUGCAGGAAGAGAGUGUAACCCUGCUGGGAGAAGAGGGACUGAGAGCUGGUGGACAGGCUCUUAAACUAGGAUUUGUAGCAGGAGUUGUAUUGAGGGAAAGACUACCUUCCUUUGAACGAAUGUUGUGGCGAGUGUGUAGGGGAAAUGUUUUCCUCAGACAAGCAGAAAUCGACACUCCUCUGGAAGAUCCCGUGUCAGGUGAUCAAGUGAAUAAGUGUGUGUUCAUUGUCUUCUUUCAAGGAGAACAGUUAAAAUCAAGAGUUAAGAAGAUAUGUGAAGGUUUUCGUGCCACUUUAUAUCCAUGUCCAGAAACCCCAGCUGAUCGCAGGGAGAUGUCUAUUGGAGUUAUGACUCGUAUUGAAGACUUAAAUACAGUUUUGGGACAAACUACAGACCACAGACAUAGAGUAUUAGUAGCAGCUGCCAAAAAUAUCAAAAAUUGGUUUGUGAAAGUUCGAAAGAUCAAAGCUAUCUAUCACACACUGAAUCUUUUUAACCUGGAUGUCACCCAGAAGUGUCUAAUUUCAGAAUGUUGGUGUGCAGUUUGUGAUCUUGAGAAAAUUCAGAUGGCAUUGCGGCGUGGAACAGAAAGAAGUGGCAGUACAGUGCCAUCCAUCUUGAAUCGAAUGGACAGUAAGGAGACUCCUCCAACAUACAAUCGCACAAACAAGUUUACUCGUGGUUUUCAGAAUAUUGUUGAUGCAUAUGGUGUAGCCAGCUAUAGAGAAGUUAAUCCUGCACCUUACACAAUCAUUACGUUUCCUUUCUUGUUUGCCGUAAUGUUUGGAGAUGCUGGACAUGGACUGAUAAUGGCGCUAUUUGGCCUUUGGAUGGUGUUAAAAGAAAAGGCUCUUUCAGCUCAGAAAUCAGAUAAUGAGAUCUGGAAUACUUUCUUCAAUGGUCGAUAUAUCAUACUACUCAUGGGAACAUUCUCUAUCUACACUGGAUUGAUUUACAAUGAUGUUUUCUCUAAGUCACUAAAUAUUUUUGGUUCAUCAUGGAAUUCUCCUGCAAUGAAAGAACUCUUUCCGAGCCAUAUUCAGCUGAAUCCAGCAAGUCAAUAUCAAGGUGUUCCCUAUCCUUUUGGUAUUGAUCCAGUUUGGCAAGUUGCAGAAAACAAAAUCCUCUUUAUGAACUCCUACAAGAUGAAAGUGUCCGUAAUCUUAGGAGUAUCUCAGAUGAUUUUUGGUGUGAGUCUUAGCCUAAUUAACCACAAGUACUUCAAGCAUCCACUAAAUGUUAUUUGUGAGUUUGUGCCACAGAUAAUUUUUCUGUUGGCCAUCUUUGGUUAUUUGGUUCUGUUAAUCUUUGCGAAGUGGGUGACUUAUGAUGUCAGUGAUUCCAGCUGUGCUCGAAGUCUUCUGAUAAUGCUAAUCAACAUGUUCAUUUUCAGCUAUCCCACUCACCCAUGCUACCUUUCAGCUAUGUAUAAUGGUCAGGAAGGAAUCCAAGCAAUCCUUGUGAUCUUGGCCAUUGUUUGCAUUCCAUGGAUGCUAUUUGUGAAGCCUUUCAUUCUUCGCAGGCAGUGGCUUAAUCGACCCCACCUUAUGAGUAGUCCUAAGCCUGCUGAUGGAGCCAUAGAUGAAGGUGAAGUAGUUCAUGAAGAUGGGACAACAAGAAUUGAAGCUGGACAUGAAGAGAGUGAAGAGGGCUUUAAUUUUGGAGAUGUAUUCAUUCAUCAGGCUAUUCAUACCAUUGAAUACUGUUUGGGAUCCAUUUCUCACACUGCUUCUUAUCUGCGUCUGUGGGCUCUUAGCUUAGCUCAUGCUCAGCUAUCAGAAGUACUAUGGACAAUGGUAAUGAAAAUUGGAUUUGUAGUUCCAACAUGGCCAGGAGGAAUAAUCUUGUACCUCAUUUUUGCCUUUUGGGCUGGUUUGACCAUUGGAGUCUUAUUGAUCAUGGAAGGACUGUCAGCAUUUCUACAUGCUCUUCGUCUUCACUGGGUGGAGUUCCAGAGCAAGUUUUAUGGAGGAACAGGAUACAUGUUUUCUCCUUUCUCUUUUGAAACUAUUUUGGAAUUGGCAAGUACUGAAGACAAAUGAAGAUGAGGAGCUUCUCCAUCUAAUGUAUUUUCCAAAUUUUUGUCAUGUAUCUUUGAUGUUAAAUAUUGUGUUUUAGUAUUUAAAAUACAUUAGUUAGAAAAAUGAUUUUGAUGAAAAAAUGAACUGUGAAAAUAGUGGGGAAGAGAAUACACAAAGUUGUGGAGUUUAAAUUUUUUUUAAAUUUGUAAAAAUUGUCACAGGAAUCAGCACAGCAUCUUUUACUAUUGAACCUAGGAUUGUCAACAGGGAUGGGGGAAUUCUGGAAAUCAGUGAUUUGGGGUUAUUUUGAUAGAUCUUGAUGAAUGAAGCUCGGCACAACUUCUAAAAUGGAAAAAAAAAACAAACUAAAUAUUAUUAAAAAUGUGACAUAAUUAAAUCUAUAUGGAUUAAACUGUGGUGAUACCAUACUGGGGAUUAUACCAUCCUUCUUAUAUUUACUUUUCAUUGCAGAAAUGGAAUUUUUAAUUUCAGAAUUUCUAGGGAAAUCAUUUUAUAAUACAUCUACUUCAACUCCAACAUGGCAUCUUUGGGUGUUACUAGCUAUUAUGUUUGCAAAACAUUGAAACUAUUGAUUUCUUAUGAAUGAUUCUAAUCCCCCUUUUUGAAGUUAAUGAUACCAUUGUGCCUGUUUUUUAUUUAUGUUUUGCUGUCAAUGCAGUAAUUAAUUGCUGAAUCUCUGAUUCAACUGGUAUGUCAAAUUGAUUGGAAUAUGUUCUUCCUUCAUUCGACCUGGACCCACGAUUUAGCUUACUCGUUCGUAAAUCAUCACAUUCACAACCACGUAUAGAACAUUUCAAGUAUGUUUCAUUUCUAUAUUAUUUUACUUUACAUUUAUAAGUUUACUACUUCACGUUGGUUCUCAUUGUCUCAGGUCAGGUCACGAGUCCAGUCACAGGUCUGGUCCAGCAACCUAGAUCUUGAAAAUAGUGCCAAACAUCAUCUUUUUGUCUAAUCAAAACAACCCAAAACUUUCCAGAAUUACUCAUUUUUUUGAUGCACAUCAAGAUGCUGGGCUGGCUCAUGUGAUAUGUAUUAAAACUGUAAUGGGAAGAUGUACACGACACUUGAUUAACCUACUUGAAAUAUAGUGAUAAGAUAUACACAAGAUUAGUUUGUUUUAAACUAUUACAAGGUUAGUGAAAAGUUAUACCAGAUCCUUUGGUUUGAAUAUAAUUAUUUGUUAAUGCAAUCAAUGAGGUGAGAUAUGCUGUAUUUAGUUUCAGAAUGUGUAAGUUAUUUUCCUUUUGUAUGGGUUGCCAGUAAUAAAUGUCAAAAAAUGAACAUUUAUAUGCUGUGUUUUGUUGAAUUUGAAAUUGCAAGUUGAGAGACAAAACUUGUUGUUUUAUGAAUUUAGUUCAUAAGAAGCCUAGUCACUUUGUUUCUUUAACUUUUAAAAUUUUUUGAAUUUUUAUUUGUUUUAUGUUAUCGCAUUUUUUAAAGCAUUUAUUAAUUAAGAUUUUGAGGUAAAUACUCUAUAUAGAUUUUAAAAGGUGUGGUAGAUUGGUUUACACGAUACUCCAGAUUUGAUUAAUUUUUCCUUGUUAUUAAUAGCCUUUCAGUGUCUUGCAGAGUGCUUUCCCUGGGAGGAAGUUUAUUUUGAGGUUCUGUUUCUAUACAAUUUGGGUUUAGUUAAAAUAACUAGUGUGUGGCAGUGCAUUUAUUUCUCAUUCUUUUGUUUGUUAGUAAAUAGAUAAGGAUGACCUGGCUGCUCCAUAACUCUCAGUGUAGGUUAUUCAAUUACUGAAUUCCAACGGAACAGAUAAGAAUACUUAUUGGAAGAGGAAAUACCAUGAAAAAAGAAAUAAUAAUUUGAGUACAGUACAAAAACCAGUACUAGAAAUGAUACUAAGCAGUGUUAAUACAGCUGGUCUGGGUUCUUGUGACAACUUUUGCCUUUCUUUUCUGUUGCAUUUCUUUGUUUUAAAAUUUCUAUAAAAUAAUAAACUUUAUGUAAUUUGAAACUUUUUUUGCAAUAGUCAUUAGUUAAAGUAUUGUAAUUAGUGUUAUUUAACCUAAUGUGACUUCAUACCAAGAUGUGAUCAGUGCUUUGUUUAUUCGUGGCAUAACCAGAAAAAUGUGUAUUGUGUUCAGAUAAGAACACCAAGUAGUUUUCGAUCAUCUUGUACCUAAGUAUGAUGUUAUUGUUGAAUAAGGUUUUCAUUUUAUGAGUUAAGUAAUUUAGCUUCUUAGUAGUUUUAUGAAAAAACAUUUAUUAGAAAUAUUUGACUGCUUUUCCUCUGUGUUGUCCCAUGUAAAAUAACUGAUUGCAAUAUUCAUAUCAAGUGUAACAUUCAAAUAGUUGCAUUUUGAAAAUAAAGUGUUUGUGUAGCAUUA